UGGAGGUAUUAAAACAGAGUGAUUCAGACAACAAGUUACAGAAAGAGAAAAGAUGGCAGGACAGUGGAUGAUGAUCUUGAUUGGUGUUUUGAUGUGGAUGAAUUGCUCAGCAGCUCCUACCGAAUGCCACUUCAACGCUCAAGCUCUGUGUGAGUAUGAGGGAAGGCACUACUUGUUGGGUCAGAGCUGGAUGGAGACGGGGUGCAUUCAGUGCACCUGUCUACACCCUUUUGGGGUGGGCUGCUGUGAAACUGUGCAGCAGCCAGUGGACUUCCCACCUUGGUGCCAGGUGCGAGUUGAAUCUGUAACCUGUAAGGUGAGCUUGGUGCUGACCUCUGAUCCACGUCUGCCCUGCAUUCCAGGAGAAGGGAAUGAUGUGGACCCCAGUCAUGGAGAAAUGCACAAUAAACUAGCAGGUUAAGACUAAAAAGCAAUUGAACCAUCUGCCAAGCCUGCACUAUGCCUGUCUGCCUGAGCUGACUUUGUGCUUUACCUGUAGGAUCUGUAUUGAUACAAUAACUAAUAUUAGCUCUGAGAGAUAGAUAAACUGGUUGGUAAUGUGCUGUUCUUGUCCACAGGUAAUGUCUUUGCCCUACUUUAAUCACUAUUGUUUUUAUAUCUUGCCUGACUAUGCAUUGGCGAAAGAAUUCUCCACAGAUUUGGUAAUAGUUGCAAAUGUCUACCAGCGUUGGCACAUGUGAUUAACUUGUAGUAUUCACUAUGAAGUUUGUGACACAAAUAAUAAUGCCUAAUCAGCAUUUACAGACAAAUAAUUCUUUGUGCUAUAUUGGAUUGGUACUUACUCAUCUUCCAUUACAUUGAUUUAAUUCAUACUUAUCUACUCUAAUAGCAUGGUCAUAUGAUGUUAAUAUUGCCUAAUGCACUAUUGUAAAUAUUCAGCUUUGC